AUGCAGACGGACAGCGACCAUCGUGGUAUCCCAGCAACCAGGCCGCAAUCGCAUGCAGGACAAAAGGUGCUGCACACUCAGGGUCGGAAUUUGCUACCCACCAAUGGGCGUGACAGCGCAGAACCAGCACCUGAGCAGCGAUUUCGUGCUCUUUUUAACCCUGGGACCCCGGAUCGACCGGACGGUGGAGCGCAGAAGCCCAAGUGGAGCGGUGGCGGCCAGUCACGGCGGCAGAGCGAAGGAGGAGAAAUCAGCACCUCCAGUGGAUUCCGUGUUUCUUCACCUUUCUUCCCCGUGACCGCCUCUUCUUUCCCUAUUCUCUCCGUAUCUCGUGCUCAUUCCUCUCCAACUGCUGACUGCCCGUCCAUCCUUCGACUUUAUUUGCUCCGAUCGCCUUUCUUUUCGCCAUCCCACGUUGCACCCUCAUGGGGCAAGCAUUUCUCGCCUCCUUUCCCAUCCGUGUCUAACCCCUCGAUCCGACAAUGGGGUUGUCUGCCGCCGGGAACCAUCACCGACGGCGGAGCUCGGUGCUCACUGGAAAUCCCAAUGUGCACCCCCCAGCUUGGUUCCUCGGAGCGGAGAGAUGACAGCCUGCGCGCGCUCGGAGACGGGGGUCACAAAUGGGACGAGCAGGAGCCCUUGACUGCUGAAGACACCGAUGCGUCCGACCUGUCAGCCGGGGCGGUCGAGACGCGAGAACUCGACGCGAUGAGCUCGGAUGAUGCUCAAUACGACGAGGAGACAGGCCUCACAGCAACUCAGAAGCGCCAGCGGCGACGACGGCGUCGACAGCGCCGGAAGCUGGAUGCCCGAAUUGCGGACACCAAGUCAUCGCGCUAUGCUAUCCUCCAGCUGGGUCUGGCGGAUCGCAACGUCCUCCGCAAGCUGCUGGUCAAUGCUGGUCUGAUUUUGAUGUGGUACUUCUUCUCAUUGUCUAUCUCCAUUUAUAAUAAAUGGAUGUUUUCCGAGAGCGACAUCGUUUUCCCUUUCCCUCUUUUCACCACUAGUCUACACAUGGCCGUGCAAUUCAGUUUGGCCACGCUCUUGCUCUGGAUAUUUCCGUCGUUACGGCCGCAACACCCACCCGAGUCCCUCGCCAACUCGCCCAUCGAGGGAUCGAAGGAAUCCGAACCGAUCCUGACCAAAUAUUUCUACAUCACACGUCUCAUUCCAUGCGGUGCCGCAACAUCUCUCGACAUUGGACUGGGCAACAUGUCCCUCAAGUUCAUCUCCCUCACGUUUCUGACCAUGUGCAAAUCCUCCGCACUUGCCUUCGUCCUUCUCUUUGCUUUCCUCUUCCGCCUCGAAUCUCCUUCUUUCAAAUUGAUUGUGAUUAUCGCCACAAUGACGAUAGGUGUGGUGAUGAUGGUCGCCGGUGAAACCGCGUUCAAUGCCCUUGGCUUUGGACUGGUCAUCGCCUCGGCGUUCUUUUCUGGCUUCCGAUGGGGUUUGACGCAGAUACUCCUUCUGCGCCAUCCGGCGACUUCGAAUCCCUUCUCUACCCUCUUUCUUCUGACGCCCGUCAUGUUCGUUUCUCUAAUCACCAUUGCGCUCACCGUCGAGGGACCAUCGGAAAUCCACAAAGGCUACUUAAAUCUGGCCGAGAAGCACGGAAACGUGCUCGGAUCCUGUCUGCUCGUGUUCCCCGGCGUCCUUGCAUUCUGCAUGAUCUCUUCUGAGUUUGCCCUGCUCAAACGCUCCUCCGUCGUCACCUUGAGUAUUUGCGGCAUAUUCAAGGAAGUAGUAACGAUUAGCGCAGCAGGUGUUAUCUUCCACGACAAGCUUACUGCCGUCAACAUUUCCGGUCUGGUCAUCACCAUCGGCAGUAUCGCAACCUACAACUACAUGAAGAUCUCCCGCAUGCGCAGCGAAGCCGCCAUGAAUUCCUGGAGUCGGGAUGGAACCCCCGAGUCCGACACCGAAGAUGGCGACCUCACCGGCCCUGAGAACGGAGACUAUCAGCGAGUCGCUGGCCGGGACACUGAUAUCGUCAGUUCUACCCCGGGCGGCCACUUGAACGAUGAUCUACACGCUUCCCCAGCCGGAGAUCAGCGACGAUCGUUCCGCGUGCGGCCCAGCGGUGCAAUGCAGGGGCUUAGCAUCUCCACUACGCCUAUUCCCGAGGAUGACGGGCCUUCGUCGCCUAUACGUUCUGCUCCUCCGACCAUCACUACCAUGGCAGAGGCAGGAUUCCCGACGCACCUAAACGCACCUGAUCGUGAGAACUCGCCGGGCGUGCACUCCGCUUCAUCUAUCUCACCGGUCCGAAGCCAAACACCUCGCCACCCGUAA